CAUACUAUUAUUUCAAACGUUAUCACGAGGUACAUGGGACAUUUAUGUUAAAAGUAUUAUUUGCGAUAGAUUUAAUACGGUUUUAAGCGACAGAAUAUUAGUACAUAUGACACAUGUCUUUCCGCGAAUUAAGCUUCGGGGAAUGUGAUAAACGCGACAAAAUUCGUUUAACAUCGGAUGUCGUUUAUUUUAUCAUUAUUUUAAUUCCAGAUGCGAUUGCUAAGAUAUUAGAGAAACUCGAAGUGCAGUAAACGAGAAUUUAAUAACGAAUGAAAUCCUCGUCCCAGAUUCGCACAAGAAAUACACGUCGUCAACGUCUCGUGUGUUACUUGCAAGCAGCGUAGCUGCGUCAAGUUUGACAAUUUCGUUUUAUUGUGAGUAAAAGAAUUCUUUUAUCUUUUUACGGAUUUUUUCCGAGUCAACUCGUUCUUCUACGCGGUGAUGUCGAAAACACUCCGAUGCAUUCCGAGCGGAAUUAUAUCGCGUUGCAAUCUUACGUGGCGUCAAAUGCGGCGCUUCUCUCUUUACGGGAAGUUAGAAUUACCUUACGCUUCACGGGCGACAUUACCGCUCAGUUAUGUGAUGUCAGUUCGUGCCGAAACCAUGACGCGAGAAGUGCCGUUCCACACGCCGUCCUGUGUUUUUCUACUUUUCUGCGCAACAAUCGUUCUGAGCAUAAAAUGCGUCGAUAGUUUACCGGACCGUUGUUUAGAAGUGGUCAGUCUCGAUAUCGACGAGAUCGAGGAUUAUUUGACCAAGAUUAAUCUCGUGGAUGUGCCUACUGUAAAAAUGAUGGCUGCUGGAUUCAAGUGUCCGAUUUCUGCCUUGCCUUUCGGCGCAUUAAAAUCGGACUGGUCCAGACUUUUGCUGCUUCAAGAAGCUCAACCGGACUCGAUCAUCAAACGUAAACUUGUCCGACUAAUGCGAUUUUUGAUAGUCGCUUAUUACCAGAUGGAGGAAUCUUUCGACGUGAUCAAGCCCGACAUGCAGAUUCUGCAAGCUCUGAUAAAAGAAAGGAUGGCAACCUCGUUGGCUGCUAGUAAGUCGCGCAAUUUAAGCGCCAAUCAGUCUUGGACGACCGAAUCUUUGGGUAAUUAUUAUCAUCAUUUGCAUCCGUAUUCGUCGCCGAUAACGUUGCACAAAGUGUUGUACAAAAAUGAUUGUUCAACGGGCAAUUUGAAUUCAACCGCGAAGGCCGAAAUCCCGACGGCAAAGAUCUUCUCGAAUUUGAAGGAGCCCGAUGUAACGACGGUUGCAAGUCUCGUUCCGAUCGACCUAAAGAUUCCGAACGUCUCGACGAUGAUCAAUCUCAGCGCGGUGACUGCGCGAUAUCGUCCUAUCGCAGGUGCUGUCGAAGCCGCGGCGGAAAACGCCACUUCCACGGCGCCCGGUAAUUGCCUGAGGCAGUCUCUGAAGGACAUCCUGUCGCGGAAGCCUCCGAAUCGGACGAGAUACCCCGUGUUUGAACGCUUGCAGAACAAAAAGCACGGCGGGCGCGCGCCCCAACGGCGUAAUGAAAUCAACGGGUGCGCGAAAAACGCCGACGUUCCGGCCAAGAUAUCACCGCUGGCGAACGACUUUUGGAGAUACGCGCAGUUCCCUACGGGAGUGCCGUUAACUAUCUCCACUAUUGCGCGACCUUAUCGAGUGCAGGGAUUAAAUGGAUUUAGGAUGAAUCCCCGGAAGUCGCGGAAACGCGCGGGCUUGAAUAGCGACGGUCAUACGAAAGCCACGGAAGUUUUACGGCGCCUGACUAAAAUAAAGAAAAAUAAAGAAGUGAGGUGAGGAAAUACGCGGCUAAUAAAAGCGAUAUCGCGAUUGAGCGUGCAGAAAAAAAGUGACGGCACGAGCAGUAUUAUCGCUGAAAAAUGCAACAGCCGGCGUUUUUACUGCAUUACGUUUCCCCUCGAUUCCAUCAUUCGCCAGACGUCGCUGCGCCGACAUGGACGACGCACGCACGCACAUAUUUUUCACAGCAAAUCUCAAUAAAAUUGGUUUUUCGAUA